AAAGAGCAGAGCCACGGUCAAAGAGCUCUCCAAUAUCGAAUCUUUGGGCAAAUGGGACAGAUUCUUGCAGGGAAGCAUGCAAACCCUGACCCUACCUCGCAUUGCUGUCUUCUCCUUCACGGAGCGAGCGAGAGAGAGAGAGAGAGAAGGGGUUAGGGUUUUGGGGGAUAAAAUUGUCGGGAUUUAUGGAAUUACUGAAUUACCCACAAGUGUGGUGAUUUUUUCCGAGGGAGGUUGCCAUGAGUACGAGGGUAAUUUGGUCAUGAAAAAAUGAUGAGAACGUGAGGAGGGAUAAGGCCUCUUUCAUCAAAUCAUCUUGUCAGCGAUAGGGAGAACCAGUAGUUUCGGCCAUGGGUUCAGGCGGCAACUUUGGUUGGACUGGAGAUUCGUCACAACAAGGAACCAUGGAAAGGAGCAGCGACAAGAAAAUUAGUAUGAUAGCAUUCUUGAGAGAGAAAGAGUUUGAUGAUGAAAGCAUACAAGGAAUGCUCAGAAGAUGCAAGUGGCUUGAGGUCGCUGAUGGCGAGAGAGCCUGUGAGAACUGGAAUUACUUGAAAAGUAUCGGGAUUCGAGAGAGGAAGCUUCCCUGUGUUGUUUCCAAGUGCCCCAAGAUCCUUACUCUGGGCUUGAAUGAGAAGCUUGUGCCUAUGGUUCAAUGCCUUGCAACCUUGGGAACAAAACCUGGUGAUGUUGCUUUGGCCAUAACCAAAUUCCCCCACAUACUCUCUCACAGUGUGGAAGAGAAGCUUUGCCCGCUGUUAGCCUUCUUCCAGGCACUGGGCGUCUCCGAAAAGCAACUUCGGAGGUUGCUCUUGCUCAACCCAAGGCUCAUCAGUUACAGCAUUCAGACCAAAUUUUCUCAGAUCGUAGAUUUCUUUGCAAGCUUAGGACUUAAUAAGGAAGGGAUGAUCGGAAAAAUUUUGGUGAAGAAUCCGUUCAUUAUGGGUUACAGUGUUGAGAAACGGCUCCAGCCUACAACGGAGUUUCUCAAGUCAAUAGGGUUAAAUGAGUUUGAUCUUCAAAGGGUGGUUCUGAAUUUCCCAGAGGUAUUGUGUAGGGAUGUGAAUAAGGUUUUGAGACCCAAUUUAGCUUUCCUAAAGAGAUGUGGGUUUUACGAUGAACAAAUUGUAGUAUUGGUGGCUGGAUAUCCUCCUGUUUUAAUCAAGAGUGUCAAAAAUUCCCUGGAACCCAGAAUCAGGUUCUUGGUAGAAGAAAUGGGGAGGGAAAUCAGCGAGAUAGCAGAUUGCCCUGAAUUCUUUCGGCAUGGUCUCAAGAAGAGUCUGGAGUUUCGACAGAAGCUGCUGAAGCAGAAGAACAUAUGUUGCAGCUUAAGUGAGAUGCUUAAAUGCAGUCAGAAGAAGUUUAUUGCCAGGUUCGGCUUAAUUGCAGGCUCCUUGUGAUUUUUUUUUUAUGUUUUCCUUUUUUCUUUGUUCUUUAGCAUUUUUAGUGCAACAGCUUGAGCAUAUCUGUCUUGUAUUUAACCUAUGCAUGAAUUGAAUGAUGUCAUAGCUGCAGGCGUUGGUUCUUGGUAGUUACUGCUCCCAUUUUACCCCUUUUUUAUGGUUAUGUAUUCAAGGAUGCUGGAGUUAAGUGGUUUACUACAUUACCCAUAAUUGAAGUGCACAACAGCUCCGCAUUCGGGACAUUUGAUGAUGUCUUAUCCAAUGCACAGUGUCCAGGAGUAAUCUUUAGUUUCAGUCAAGCAUUGGAUAUUUUCUUUCUUUUUUUUUCGGUAGAAAGCAUUUGAUAUUUUCUUUAGUGAGAUGUGAGCUCCAAUGGUGGAGCCUUGUAUAGCCAA